GAGGCUGGCUGUCAGGAAGAGCUUCCCACACAUAUGUGAUCGGUACAAUCGGGCAUUCGGGCAUUUCUACUUUAAAUUAGUAGAUUUUAUAUGUGAAUGAACGAUGUUUUCGGAGUCAUUCCGCGUCAUGACCUCACCGGGCCGCCCCUCCAGUUGAAUGGGAUUCCUCAUCGCCUCCCUGUCGCUCGUGUUGGCACCGACUGUCUCUGCUGCUGUUGUUGCUGCUGCUGCUCCAAGCCCCGAUUUUAAGGAUCUGUGAGCUUUUUUCUUUGGUUCCUCUAAUCAGUUCAUUAAUGGUUUGAUGCGAAAUCCGCCUCUCUGAUCGGCACAAGAGCGACGACGCCAAAUCUCUGCUGUCCUGCGAGUCAGGGCUUUGGCCAUGGGGGCAUCCAAGAGUAAGCCCAAGGAUGUUGGCCAGCGAACCCGCAGCCUCGACGCCAACCUCAGCUCUGGAGGAGGGGCUGGCGGCCACCACCUCAGCCCCAACCAGCAGUCCCACACACCCAAUCGUAGUCCUACUAUGGAUGGUCUCGGUGGGAAUCAGUCUAUGACAAAUACCCCAGAGCUGGCCCUGUUUGGAGGUGUGGACAAUAAUACUGUCACCUCUCCCAACAGAAUCACACUCUCAGGAGGCGUGACGACCUUCGUGGCGCUGUAUGACUACGAGUCUAGAACGGCCUCAGACCUCUCUUUCAGGAAGGGCGAACGCCUCCAGAUAGUCAACAACACGAGGAAGGUGAACUGCAGAGAAGGCGACUGGUGGCUGGCGCGCUCCCUGACCACUGGAGAGAGCGGUUACAUCCCCAGCAAUUAUGUGGCUCCAUCUGACUCCAUCCAGGCAGAAGAUCAUCUCAGACUGACUCUAGAGUCCAGGUGGUAUUUUGGUAAAAUCACUCGCCGCGACUCAGAGAGACUGCUGCUAAGUUUGGAGAACAGGAGAGGGACUUUCCUGGUGCGAGAGAGUGAGACCACCAAAGGUGCCUACUGUCUGUCUGUAUUGGACUAUGACAACACCAAAGGGCUGAAUGUGAAGCACUACAAGAUCAGGAAGCUGGACAGCGGAGGCUUCUACAUCACAUCACGCACACAGUUCAGCAACCUGCAGCAGCUUGUAAACCACUAUCGCAAGCAUGCUGAUGGACUGUGUCACAGUCUCACAGACAUUUGUCCUGUACUGAAGCCUCAGACUCAGGGCUUAUCCAAGGAUGCCUGGGAGAUACCGAGAGAGUCCCUCCGUCUUGACCUCAAGCUUGGACAGGGCUGCUUCGGAGAGGUCUGGAUGGGAACAUGGAAUGGUACAACACGGGUGGCAAUAAAGACUCUGAAGCCCGGCACCAUGUCCCCUGAGGCCUUCCUCCAGGAGGCUCAGGUCAUGAAGAAACUGAGACAUGAAAAGCUGGUUCAGCUGUACGCUGUGGUGUCCGAGGAGCCGAUCUACAUCGUCACAGAGUACAUGGGACAAGGAAGCUUACUGGAUUUCCUGAAAGGUGACAUGGGUAAGAUGCUCCGCCUGCCCCAGCUGGUGGACAUGGCUUCACAGAUUGCUUCAGGGAUGGCGUAUGUGGAGAGGAUGAACUAUGUGCACAGAGACCUGAGAGCUGCAAACAUCCUGGUGGGAGAUAACUUGGUCUGCAAAGUGGCUGACUUUGGUCUGGCUCGCCUCAUUGAGGAUAACGAGUAUACUGCCAGGCAAGGAGCCAAGUUUCCAAUCAAGUGGACGGCUCCUGAGGCUGCUUUGUACGGCCGCUUCACCAUUAAAUCUGACGUCUGGUCAUUUGGAGUCCUGCUGACUGAACUGGCCACCAAAGGCCGAGUUCCAUAUCCAGGCAUGGUGAACCGGGAAGUGUUAGACCAGGUGGAGCGUGGCUACAGGAUGCCGUGCCCAGCGGAGUGCCCUGAAUCCCUGCAUGAGCUGAUGCUGACCUGCUGGAGAAAAGAGCCCGAGGAGAGGCCCACCUUCGAGUACCUGCAGGGCUUCCUGGAAGAUUACUUCACCUCCACGGAGCCUCAGUACCAGCCCGGAGAAAACCUGUAAACUGGGCUCAUUCCGGGGAAAUGUGCAUGCGCCAUGCAUGUGCAAAACUGUGCAUGUGCAUCUACUUCAGAGAGUGCAUGGACAAGUAUGUGGGAGGGUAUGUGUGUGUACAGUAUAACGGGGCAGAAAGCCGACUUGCAUUCUGGGUACAAUCAAUAACACUUUACAUCAAGGAGUAUCAAUGGGACAGCAAACCAAUCAGCAACACUCAGUUCCUGCCUUUCUUCUUCCCAAAGUCAUUGUCAUUCUCUGCAACAUGUCAGCUCUGAGGAACUGUUUUCAAUGUAAAAGACUAAAUUGGAGUAUUAUUUUGAGUUUAUCAUACAGUACUGUGUUAUUUUGUUUGUCAGUCAAAUUAACACCCUUCACACCCAAGCAGGUUUUUCUACCAUACUUGUAUUCAACGUAGUAAUAUACAUUCCCCAUGUGUUAAUUCACCUGACUGGUGUUCUAGUUUGUCAGCUUCAACACUGCAACAGACUACAACAUAAAAGAUGAAAGAAGAAUGAAUGUUGGAUAGCUGCCUAGAUGCUCCGAGUCUGUCUUCCAUUUUGCCACUUGAGAAGCAACAAUUUGGGACGUAAAAUAUUUUUUUCGGGGAUAUUGUGGGUUUUAUUUCGUUAUUAGACCUGGAUCAACUGGAAUAUAUUCAGGUGAACGAUUUUUACUUUAUAAGUCAUGCUUCCCCUGUGUGCAACAUUUUGGCUAGUUUCCCAACUUGCUGUGAGAUUUAAUAUGAGUCUAAUACCCUUGAUUCUCACAAGAGUGUGUUAGUCUCACUCGCCAAUCGGAUGAAUUGGUUUUUAUCGCUGUGACCAACAUACAGCUCAACUCAAAGAAGAGAAGAGGCAGAGUUUGUCUCUCUAUUUUCUAAUUGUGACUUUUCUUACAAAUAAAAAU